CUAAACUUGGAGCCAAGGCCAGAAAGGAUAUCUCUUCAGGCCUGGAGGCCCUUAGCAAGACUACCUUUCCCAGAGGGAACCCACUUCAACUUCCAGCCUGGGGUUCCUGGUGGUAUGGGAGUCUACCUAGCCAGCCCUCAUCCCCCUAUUCUGCCUGCAGAGCCUGCCUGGCUGUGUUUCUAGUGACAUCUUGGUAUGUUCUUCCCCAUGUGAGGAUGGAGAGAGCAUGCACCUCCCCCAACAGGAGUUCCUUCCUGCCUUUGUGUCCACAGGAUCCACACCCCAGUGCCUGCCCCCCACUCAGCCAGGUGGCCCAUGUAGCCCAGCCGGUCACUGACUCCACACUGUUAAAGUAGCUAUGUUCCCUCACAAGGCCUUACGUGGACCCAGCAGUCAUUAGACGCCUACUGUGUGCCAGGCCCAACCACAGCUUACAACCCCCACCCCUUCCCUGCGUGGGAUCUGAGCCCACCUCCUCAAGAGGGUGUCCCUGUCAUCAGCAGUUUUUGUCACCCUUCUCUGGGUGGCUCCCACCACAGCCAGCCAGGCCCCGCUGAGGGGCGGGGCUGUGCAGGGGCGGGGCCAGGCCUGUGAGAGAGGGACAGUAGAGAUAGGGCAGAGUGGGAGACACAGCCUCACUGACACCCUCCCCCAGCCAGGUCCCCUCACUCUUGGGGGUCCCCAGCACCACACCCUCCAUCUUUAAACAACACCAGGACUCAGCCGGGUGACAACUCAGUUUCCCGCCCCACCCUUGUCCAUCCUGGUCAACAGCACAGCCAGAGGCCUGCUUACUCCCAGGACCCCCAAGCGGUGUUUCUGAGCCCAUGCCAGCUUGCUGUGCCUGCCACUUCUUCUUGAUGGGGUGGUGACUGGUUAUCCCACUCUACUCCAGAGCCAUGUGGGCCAAUGGCAGUUCUCCGGGACCCUGCUUCCGGCCGAUGAACAUUACCCUGGAGGAGCGGAGACUCAUCGCCUCACCCUGGUUCGCAGCUUCCUUCUGCACAGUGGGCCUGGCCUCCAACCUGCUGGCCCUGAGCGUGCUGGCGGGCGCACGGCAGAGCGGAGGGGUGUCCGCCCGUUCUUCUUUCCUCACCUUCCUCUGCGGCCUGGUCCUCACAGACUUCCUGGGGCUGCUCAUCACUGGGGCCAUCGUGGUGGCCCAGCAUGCCGCCCUCUUUGACUGGCAGGCUGUGGACCCUAGCUGCAGGCUCUGUCAUUUCAUGGGGGUGGCCAUGGUCUUUUUUGGACUGUGCCCACUGCUGCUGGGGGUCACCAUGGCCUCAGAGCGCUAUGUGGGUAUCACCCGGCCUUUCUCCCGUCCCAGGGUCACCUCCCUGCACCGUGCCUGGGCCACGGUGGCGCUGGUGUGGGUGGUAGCCCUGGGACUGGGCCUGUUACCUCUCUUGGGCCUCGGCCACUACACUGUCCAGUACCCUGGUUCCUGGUGUUUCUUAACCCUGGGCACCGAGCCUGGCGAUGUGGCCUUCGGGCUACUGUUCGCGCUGCUGGGCAGCCUGUCAGUGGGACUGUCUUUCUUCCUCAACACCGUCAGUGUGGCCACCCUCUGCCGUGUCUACCACGAUCGUGAGGCUGCCCAGCAGCGCCCACGGGACUGCGAAGUAGAGAUGAUGGUCCAGCUCGUGGGCAUUAUGGUGGUAGCCAGUGUGUGCUGGAUGCCUUUGCUGGUCUUCAUCGCCCAGACCCUGCUGCAGACACCUCCAGUCAUGAGUCCCUCGGGGCAGCUGGUCAGGGCCACAGAACAUCAGCUGCUCAUUUUCCUGCGUGUGGCCACCUGGAACCAGAUUUUGGACCCAUGGGUCUACAUUCUCUUCCGCCGGGCUGUACUGAGGCGUCUGCAACCACGUGUCAGCACGCGGCCCCGGGCACUGUCCCUUCGACCAUCCCUUGCCCAGGACGUGCUCAGGGAGCCCUGAGGGACAGCAGCGUCAGUGAACACACUCGGCCUGCUCCGUAUCCCAGGACCUCAGUGCUACCUGGAUCAAGGGUGAAGCCACCCAACUAGGGCCUCUUUCUGAUCUCCUGGGACUCCUCCUUCAUCCUCUGGGACUUUCCCUCUGAGCUCCUCCAAGUCUACAUGUAUGGUUGGGGCACAGGUGGAUAUCACGGCCCCAAUGGGACCUAACAGCUGGGGACAAGCUGAGUCCUGAGCUGGGAAAGACAUGAUGAACUAUGGUGGAGGGACACCCCCUCUCUUGCCAGACUCCUGGCCCCACUUUUCUCCAACCCUGGGGUCGUUGGCCUUGGAUGUGGGGAACAUCAGGCUAUGUGGUCUCUGUGGCUCUGAGUGUUUACUAAGCCCUCCACCAACCGGGUGCUCAAUAAACUGUUGACUAGC